AUGCCCAGCAGCCGCCCCAAGCGUCCCCAGCCCAAACACGACGACCCGGCAGAGCCCGACGGCGACGCCCUCCUCCCGCGCAACACCCUCAACGGCAGCGCACGUGCCAAGCGGAAGGGCAAGGACAAGCUCGCGGACGUCGUCGUCGAGGAGCCCAGCCACGGCACCGACGACGACGCGGCCAUGGAUCUUGGCGAGCCUGAGCUGGACAACGAGCCAGAAGAGGAGCAGGGCGUCACGAGGUGUAUCUGUGGCAAGACCGGGGAGGACGGGGACGAGACGGGCGAGUUUAUGGUCCAGUGCGAGACGUGCGACGUCUGGCAGCACGGGCAGUGCAUGGGUUUUCCGACCGAGGCUGACCUGCCGCCGGGCGAGUACCACUGCGAGCUCUGCCGCCCCGAUCUCCACGUCGACCGCCUCGAAAAGCAGAAAGAGAGGGAACGGACGCGCGCGGCCCGACUCAGCCGGUCGCACUCGCCGACGACGCUCCUCAAGCCGGCAAAGCGGCGGAACACGAUGAACUCGCGCGCCGCCGACGCCUACGACGAGUCGCUCAAGGACAUCAUCGAGGCCUCCGCGCUCGAGGCCCAGCAACAACACCGCGCACGCUCUCCCUCGGCCGUCGCCAGCCCCGCACAGGACGACGAGCCGGCGCCACCACCCAAGAACGGGGCCGCAGCCAAGAAACGCAAACGGACCGACGACGACGCUCCUCCCACCAAACGCACUCGCUCGGCUUCUACGGCGUCAGACCGCGCACCGCUCCAACGCGAGCGCGAAGAAACACCAGCCUCGACGGCCGCCGCCUCGGCCCCUCCGCGGUCCAUGCCUCCGCCCGCACCGCCCAAGCCACGCAACAAACGCGGCGGCCAGCGCAAGAGCGCAAAGAUCGAGAGCACACCCGACAUCCCAGACGGCGAAGACGCGGCCUCCGCUACGGGUAACAGCAGCACUGCGGGCCAGCGCCGGACGGCGAGCGCGCGGGCCAAAGCGAAUAGUAAACGUGGGAAUGCCGGCGGCGGGAAUAACGAGCGCGCGAGGGGUGGUACGAGGAGUACGGCCCAGGACGCGUAUGAUGACGGGAACGGACACGCUGCCGCCGGCAUUGGUUUACCGGACCAUCUCGCGCAUCUCGAGCCUUUAUUCGGGCCUCCCACUUCCACCACCAACGACGACUUGCCCACUCCCAGUAAAACCGACUCGGAAGACUCUGUGCGCGUACGCUGGCCCGCAAAACGGAUGAGCGUGGGCGAUAUGAAUAAGCGCGUGCGGGCGCUCGUCGAGUGGGUUGGGCGCGAACAAGCCAGCUUGGGCGAGCGCGCGAGGAGAAGGAGUGCGCUUUGCGUCGCGCUUCGGGAGGGCGAGGUCGGGAAGGAAGACGAGACGAUGCGGAUGAUGGAGGAGCUCAUGAGCGAGCUUAUCGGGUUCCAGGAGCGGUUUGGGCCCGGUGCGAAGGGGAGGGAGAGGAGAGGCGCAUCAUGA